UUGAUUUUACACUAUUAUACAUGGCGUUCCAGUCCAUAGCUAGUUUGGGACAGAACAAAGCUAGCUCAGCCACAGCUAUCUCGGAAUUUACAAAGAAAUACACGCUCGAUAUUGACUUCGAGACAGAGCCUCGGCCGAACACGGAGAUCGAUCAUGUCUCCUCUCCUCCCCGUCAUACUUGUUCACCUACCCAGAACAACCAGGUCCCUGCUUGUAUGGCCAUGUGUGAGGGCUGGUCUCUGCUGUGCUGCCAUAACCCCAGCCGAUUGGUAAUCGUGGUGCAGCAUGAUCCGACAUGAGUAACCAUAGAUGUUCAUAAGCUAUGCGUCUCGAAUACCUGGCUAAGUUCACCCAUCGAGCAAACCAACUGUCCAAUGGAUAACCCUGUCUACACCGUGGCCGUUGAUGGCGCUGACGGGAAUGGCAGCGCAGUCCUUGAUCCACGCUCCCUCGACACCACUGGGGUGAGGCUCAUCGCCGCGAGUGACAGCGGCAAGAUAGUCUCUCAGUUCGGCAAAGUUUUCUUGCGCACCUGGCAGGUCGCCUUUGGUGGCCACCACAAACCAUGGCUUGCCUGCGAUGUGAAGACCAGCGCCGGCAGUGGUUGUCUUGGCGACACCAGAACUUGUCCAGAAGUCGCUUUGAAUAGUCUCUCCGGCCGACGCGCUCCAGUCAAUGGCGGCCUCGCGCUCCCGUUGCUGUUCCUCUUCCUCCCUCAUCUGUGCAUAUAAGCCAACCUCGAGCCACAAGGCCUUGAGUGCUUCGACUGCGUUGCCAUUUCCAAGAUCGAUGACAAACGCAAGCACGCCAGCCCGCUCAACAUGACGCAGGAAAGCAAUUCCAAGUCCCCUGUCCAAUUCCCCACGCGAGCGCGACUGUUGGUGACGGCGCGCAAGAGAGUGCUCUUUCCGGCGUUUGGCAAUCCUACCAAGCCGACAUCUGCCAAUAACUUGAGUUCCAUCUCGAUUUCCAUCGUCAUGGCAUUCUCACCCCGCGUCGCAAACAUGGGCUUGCGCAGGUUCUUGGACACGAAAUGUGGGUUCCCAAGUCCACCAAGGCCUCCUGCUGCCAAGAGAAUGGGACGAGGUGUCGGUCGAGAGAGGUCCAGAUAG